AUGGAGUUGAUUCCUACACGCCUUCAGCACCCAGUUGGAAACACUGUCAAGACCCUGCUCUUCAAGGUGGUGGAGACCCUGUUGCACGUUCUUCUGGUGGUGGAAUUCCCUGGCGGCGGCGGCGGCGAGCUGUUCAACACCAUCACCACGGAGGGACACAUGACGGAGGCACGGGCAGCGGCAGUCUUCACACAGAGCCUGGACUACGACACGUGCGUCAACUCUGCCUGGCUGGACGAGGAGCGCACGCAGGGCUACAUGUUUGUGGUGAAGAAGGACGCGACGCGCUGGCUGGUGGUGCUGCUCACGGUUCUUGUUGUGUGUGGGAUUGACAUUGCCAUCAAGUCACUCUCCAAAUGCAAAUACUCCUGGCUCCAGAUGUACAGUGACUGCGGGGUGCAGCAGGAGGCGCUAACUCUCCCCUACCCGCUGUUUGUCGCGCUGAACAUUGGCCCGGCGCUUGUGGCUGCCUUCCUCGGCUCUUAUGUGGAGCCCGUGGCUGCCGGCAGUGGCAUCCCGCAGGUCAAGUGUUACCUGAAUGGCGACAAGGUGUCCCGCGUGGUGAGGAUCAAGACCCUGAUGAGCAAGGCAGUGGGGGUGACCUUCUCUGUGCUGGGAGGCCGGGCCGUGGGAAAGGUCAGGUCGUGGGCAAGGUCUGUGGCCGUGACCACCAAGAUGCUGCUGCCCACAGUGCUGGCCAUGGCCAAGGGCAGGGUGGCCAAGACUACAGAUGAUGGGCCACUCCUAGACAAAGAGGACCUGGACACACUGUUCUGCGGCACCAGCAGCAGCAGCCUGCACAUCCAUGGCCUGCAGGAGGAGGACGAGGGGACGUACAGGUGCCGGGCGGAGAACAGGGAGGACUCGCUCGACGCCGUGGCCCACAUACAGGUCAAGAGUGUGGCUGACAACCUGCAGAUCCUUGGCCUGAACCAGGAGGACUCGGGAUGUGUACCAGUGUGUGGCGCCCCACAGCUCGCCCGGGGCAGCCAGCUGUGUGUCCUUGAGUCAAGUAAGCAGCGGUGCCCACUAGCAAUAUUUUUGCGGUUUGAGUAUAAAGUUUGGCAUAGUAAAAAUCUUAGUGUUCUUCAGUCAUCAUGUUUCUCUCAGUUACUAAAGCUUGAAAAUUGUGUGACAGUUGCUCCGAGGUUUCUGAGGCAGCCGGCCAACGCUCUCGCCUAUGAGAAGGAGAACGUGGAGCUGGAGUGCAGCGUGUACGGCCAGCCAGAGCCCUCGCUCCACUGGCUCAAGAACGGCGAGCUGCUGGUGGAGACGGAAUACCUUCAGAGUGUGAGCGGCAACAACCUGCAGAUCCUUGGCCUGGUGCGCCAGGAGUACACCGGGAUGUACCAGUGUGUGGCGCACAGCUCGCCGGGGACGCCCAGCUGUGUGUCCUUGAGUCAAGUAAGCAGCGGUGCCGUGCGGGGCAGACACUGUUCACACUGUAGCCCUUUGUUUGCAUUCAUGAGUACUGAUGUAGUGUUGUCUGCAUUGGACACAGGCAGUGACUAGUCCAGAUAAUUCCAGGUUGCUAAUAAGCCCAGACGCAAACAUUUACAAGGUUACUGAAUGUAUUCCAAUGUUUCUGGCAGGCAGCUGCA